AUGGACACAGUGGUUCCUGUUCCGAAUGCUGCAACAAUUGAGAAUGGAUCUGCGAACAGCGGAUAUUUUACUCCAAAAGGAUAUCUUAAUCAGAAUAUUGUCAAAGAAGCCGAAGCAGUGCGAGAGAAACGAAUCGAGAGUCCACGUUUCUCUACAACAUCUUCUGAAUACAAUGUUCCAGUCUCUCCAUCAUCUCGUUUCCCUUCCUCAUCUCCACUUAUUGUCAUCAGCCCACCAAAAGACGAUGCAACUCCAAUAACUGUCCUUCCGACAGCCGUCCGUUCAAUGCCAGAUACUCAUCAUCGAAGUCUUAUGGUCGCUAUAAUUGCAGCUCUUCUCGUCUUCACCGCAGUUGUUUUUAUGCUUCUUCUUGUCAUUUUUUCAUAA